AUGCCUUUAAAAUCUGAAAAGCUUUUCGACUUAAUGACUCCUUUCUUAGCUGAAAAGGGUAAGGACUUAGUUCCUAAGAUUAAGGCUGUUUACCACUUCGCCGUUGUUGAAAAGAAGGGUGGUCCCGUUGUCGAAACCUGGACCAUCGACUUGAAGAACGGUAAUGGUAGCAUUAAGAAGGGUGCUGAAGGAAAGCCUGACUGCGUUUUCACUGUUUUGGAUGACGAUGUUAUUGCUAUGGCCAACAAGACCCUCAACCCCCAACAAGCUUUCAUGAGCGGUAAGAUGAAAAUUAAGGGAAAUAUGGCUGCUGCCACCAAGUUCACCCCUGAUCUCCUCCCCACCAUCCCCAAGCUAUGA